UGCGUCCGGGUUCGCCGUACGAACGAUAACGGGGGCGUCAAUCGAAUCGCGAUUGGGAGAGGAUUCUACCUCGUGCACGCUCUUCCCUCCUUGUCUUUCUCGGCUACAGGCAACAGGUUUGAAUUUAUGGGACAAUAAAGAGUGUGGUGCGUAGUGCGCGUGUCUCUCUCUCUCUAUCUCUCUCUCUCUCUCUCUUCCUCUCUCUCUCUUUUUCAUCCUCUCCUUACACCUUUCUUUCCCGUUCUAGGCCGCCCUUUCUCUCGCACAGAUAUCCUGUCCUUUCGUUGUGAAAAGAGGAGUGAGCGGCGAAGACUAUCAAACUCUCAUAAAACUGUCAGCCGCGGCCACCGAGGCUGACUUAUGUGCGCCCCUUCCUUAGUCGCGGUUGGAGAACCACACGUUUUCAAGUUGGGUCUGUACCUCUCGUGCGACGAUCGCGAAUCUCUUAACGAAAGAUCGGAGCACAAUUUCCGAGCGGUUUCCACGGAGAAAAACAACAAAAGCGAUUGGAAGUGAACACAACGCGCGGAUACAUCUGACUCGCGUUGCAAUAUGAAGGUACAGCAAAAUUCGCACUUCUGAAACGUAUGUUUCUUCCACCCCUCGCUGAAGAAGGGAUGCGGUAUGUAUGAUCGAGCUAAGAUUGAUUCGCGACGAUGAAAUCGACGGAGAUACGGCGAUAUUAAUGGGCGAAUCGUUUUCGGUCGAUCAGUAAGGAACAAUCGCGCUUUCGUGUGCCAUGCCACCCCUUUUCUUUUUCAUCUGUCUUCACCGCGAGACUAUACAGUAGGGGGCGCGUGCGCGCGUAGCCCCCCUCGCAAAGCGGACGGAAGACUGCUUCUUGGUGACGUCGCGGCUAGAAGGCUGCAGAGGAGAACGAGAGAGCGAUCGAGAUACUUCUCCCCCACCAGUGGGUUUCAGGGCUCCCGAAUAUCUCUCCAUUAGCCCCCCUGACGGUGCUAUCCCCUCUCCUUGACCCCUCUUUCGCCCUCUUUCUCUCUCUCUUACGCACACCCCUCUCAUCGGUUCCUGUCACGUCGGGUAGCAGCCAGGCAACACCACCACACGACGAGCGCCAGCGGCAGCGGAGACUCGACAGAGACGCAAGGAACGGGGUUGAAGAAUCGUACGCCGACGGAGAGACCAAUCAAGGUUUGACGAACGGCGGGGAUUGGUCGAGGCGCUCCUCUGACACGCAGAGAGCGCGGGCACGUGACAAGCUACCUCGCACACCGGCCUUCCGUUGGAUCGGCGGCGAGGCCUUCAGUACGAUACCAACCACCCUUCGCGCACGCAACAGGAACGGCGAACCGCGCGUUACUACUCUCUUCACCCUCUGUCGCGCGGUGAUAUGAGUACGAGCCUCCGUCGUUAUCGCGACGCAAAGUUGUCUGUUAAGUGCAACAUUCUGUGACAACAACGCUGAAGAGAGCAAUUAGCAUCGUCGCGCGAAUAAUUUCAAUCGCGGCCGCGUACGUGUUACUCCGUAUGUCAUUUCGUCGCGGUGGGACUUUACAAGGUCAUCUUCAAUGGGGCGCCUCGAUAAGCUGUUCGUUACGCGCUACUGCACGGUGGGACCACAAGUUCUUUGUAGGUAAUCACGACUGGUAAGGUCGUAAAGAAGCAGAAGACAGUUUUAUAGCCCAGGCCCACGUGGCCCUCGUAAACUUGACUCGCAGGUCGGUUCGAAUUCAGACACGGCCCGCCUGCCGCCAGUUGUCUGCCUUUCUCUCUGUCUCUCUCUCUCUAUUAGUCUUAAACCCCUCGUUCAUUAUCAAAUCGCUUAGAGACGUGUUUCGCCGCGUGUAACAGAUCGUGAUACGCUGUGUGAAUUGUUCGACGAACAACAAGGUGAGGCUUGUCAAACGAACCGGCCACGUGUGUUGCGCGCGAUCCUCCUCGUCGUUACAAAGUCACCGGCACGAUGAUGACAGAUUUCUAUACUUAAUGACGGGGCGCGUCGUACAGCCGCCUCAAUCAGCCGAGCACAACGUCGUUUGGUGUUUUCGUGAAUGACGGAACGUAGACGUGCAAAAAGAUUGGUACAGUGACGUUGACGGCAGGUGAAACGUACGUGAAGAAUGAGUUCCUAUCAAUUCGUCAACUCGCUUGCAUCAUGCUACGCGGGUCAGCAGCCGCAGCAGCAGCCGAGACCGACGCCGAACUCGCCUGGAGAACCGUUGCAGGCGGCAUCGCCGGCCGGUGGAGACUACUACAAUCCGAAUGCGGCGUCCACCAGCUAUCCCGCGCCCUGCUACUCGCCACAGCAACACUAUCCGCAGCAUCCUUACGCCGCCCCGGCGUCGGGCAUGCAACACACGGCGCCGACUGGGAUGAUAGACUAUACUCAAUUGCAACCGCAGCCUCGGCUGAACGCGACCGCGACGUCACAGCAACACGGUAUGCACGCUCAGCAAUCGCAGCACCAUCAGCCACCGCAUCAUCCGCAGCAGCAGCUUCACGCGGAUCCGACGACGCCCCUUCUGCAAGGCGCCUCGGCACCAUCCGCGCCGUCGACGUCCAGCUGUAAAUAUGCCGAUUCGACAUCGUCCACCAGCGUCGCGUCACCGCAGGAUCUAACCACGUCCACGUCAAGAAACAGCCCGACGCCCUUGGUGGCGCCUGGCACAAGUAAAGCCGGAUCAGGACUGACUUCGCCGCCUGGUAGCUCGUCAAGGUCGUCCGUGGCUGCGUCCGCGGCCUCACCACCCAGCGGUAGCUCGAGAGGUGUCGGCGAAGGAAAUUCAACGCUGACGACAGCGUCUUCCGCUUCGUCGCCCGCCUCCUCCACAUCCAGCACUUCUAGCACGGGCAACAAUUCGUCCAACAAGGGGAAUCCCUCCGGUUCCAACCCACCACAAAUAUAUCCAUGGAUGAAAAGGGUUCACAUCGGUCAAAGUACGGUGAACGCGAACGGGGAGACGAAACGACAGAGGACCUCGUACACAAGGUACCAAACCUUAGAGCUGGAGAAAGAAUUCCAUUUCAACCGCUAUCUGACGAGGCGGCGUCGCAUUGAGAUCGCGCAUGCUCUCUGCCUUACGGAACGUCAGAUAAAGAUCUGGUUCCAGAAUCGGCGUAUGAAGUGGAAGAAGGAGCACAAGAUGGCGAGCAUGAACAUCGUGCCGUACCACAUGUCGCCGUACGGACACCCUUACCAGUUCGCGCCCCACCCCGGUCAGUUCGCUCACUUGGCUACAUAGGACGAGUUCUCGCCCGCCGAGCUCGGAGCACACGCUGUCCGGUUCCCCGGGAUGUACGGCGAGCAGAACUUCUAAAGGCUUUUUCCGCCUUGGACCCCACGCCUAUGUCACGAACCUUGUGACUUGGCAUGGUCGAGGAGACUUCACUUCCAGUAGAACACGUGGUGCGUUCCGCCAAUUUGCCGCAAUGCGCCGAUGGUUAACGAAUGAAUUGUUGCCGAAGGAGAGAGAGAGAGAUCGUAUCCUCCUUUCGUGUGUUAAUAAAAGAAAACAACAUGUACUUAAAUUCGUUUUUUCUGAUUCAAUCUGGCUGUCAGAAGGAAAACUUUCUCGAGAGGGAAAAAGUGUUUUCUUCUCAGGCACUAAAGAAAGAAACAAUUCAUUUUCGCUCACCUUUGGCUUGCAGAAACGCAAAUGCCAUCGCUAUACACGACUAUUCGAAGUUGAAGAAAAGCCAAAAUUUUCUGCAUAUAUUGCGUCGUACUCUCGACUUAAUAGACUGGACGCGCUCCGAGGGGUUCUCUCACGCAUGAGAUUAUAAAAUAUUGAUAUUAACGCGGAUGAGAGACCACCUCAGCGGGUGAGAUAAAACCGAAUAUCUAGUUUAAGGUGUAGAAACUAGCUGUCUAAAUAAUUAAUUAAUCAAAUUACGAAUUAAUUAAUUAUCUUGUCUGGCUGCACGCUGUUUCAUUCGAGAUAGAGCAUCAAGGAAAAUAAAUUUCGAAAAAUACGCUUAUAUGUUUCUUUCAUAUGCUUUCUUCUAUGCAAUACUUUUUUAUCUAACUAUUUUUGAACUUAUUCAUAGAAAAAAAGUAUGAAAGAUUCAAAAUAAUGUCAAACAAGUGUUGAAAAUUUUGUCUAUAUUAUAGUUUAUAAGAUCUCUAUUAAUAUAUAUGCAGAUUAUUUUUUACUGUCUUAAAAUAUGGUCUUUAGAAAUCCGCGAUUGCGUAUAAAUUAUAUGAACUUCAUGCAAUUUCUAAGAAAUACUAAAUAAAAAAUUGAGAGAUACAGCAAUUGCAUUAAUAAACUAACGACAAAAUAUUCAUAAAUAUUCAUAAAUAGCAUAAUUUAUACGUGAUCAAAAUAGUAUUGCAAUCAUUGCAAUCAUUGUAAUUACAAUAAUUGUAAUUAAAUAUUUUUGUAUUUCCGGAUUUCUAAUAUUUUCCAUAUAAAAACGUCUGUAUACACCUUAUCUUUUUUAUAUACUUCAAUAAUUUAUCUGAUUAUUAUGUAAUACAAGUAAUCGUAAACAAUAUGAAAAAAAUAAUAAAUUCUAAAUUUUAUUCAGCAAUUAAUUCUCGUAUUAUUUAAUAUGCACUUAUUUUGCUAAUCCUACGAUCUGAUUUCAUUAAUGAAACGGUGGGCAGCCACGGCCCAGCAUCUCUCUGUACAUAAUUUGCAACGUAAUAUAACCAAUGUCUCCCUGGAGCAGCCACGUUGUUCCUAUAUUGUCGAUAUGUGUAGGGAAAUCUCGCGCAGAACCUAAUAUUCAUUUUAUUCUACCGCAUCAAGCAUUUGAUCGCGAUCGAUACAAUAAAUGGACUACUUGUUCCUCGCGCAUCGACUAUAAUAACUUUAAUCCGCAUAGAAACCUAAAUAGUUUCUAUAACCAUAGUUAAAAUCCGAACUAUUAAAUAAAAAAAAAAAAUGUUUUGUGCGGUCGAAACGGGAUAAAUGGACCCCGGAUACGUUGUGAGUGUAUCUGACUUCGAUGGUGCAAUGUAUGUGCGUGUAGCGCUAGGAUAUCUAACGCAAAUCGCAUGCACGUGCCGCCUGAUUACGCGUAUUUAUCGGCACAGGAUAUGUGCAUAGGUGUAUGGCUGGAUGUAACAGAAGAAACGUAUUACCCCGCAUGAAUCCGUAAAAAAGGAUCCAAUGAGAAAAAAAAAUUGGAUAUAACGACUAGUUGAUCGGCGAGCGCAAGUGUGUAAACUAAUUUAGCUAGUGUUCGAGUAAUUGAUAAUCUUGUGAUACGAGAGAAAAGCACGUUGAAAAGCAGUCGCUCUAAUGCUUAUCGAAUUGUCAUAACCGCGCGUUACGCGAUGCAAAUUCGGAAGAAUACAGGGAAUUUAGUAUGUUUCGAGAUUCUAAGCGAUACAAGCGAGAGAGAGAGGAAACAAACCAAGAAGAGACCUUCUAACUAGGCUAGUAUUGAGAAUUGUACAUAAUUAUUAAAUAUAUAACAACGAUAUCGAAUGACGUUAUUACUGUACAAGGCGUUAACGAAAGAGAAGACUCUCUUAUUUGUAAUGUAAAUUAUCAAUUGCUGAAAUUAUUAGAUUAAGUUCCCACAAAAGUUAUACGUAAUUAGAUAAUUUUUUGCGUUAAACUUAUAUUGAGUUCACAAUUGACCCAAAGGCUUUAGGACAAAUUCGUCGUCCAGAAUGUACAAAAAAGAUAUUUCUUUUCUAUAAAAAUGCUGCCAGGAGCAACAUAAUUUUUUUUUUUUUCGUUUAUCG